CUGGACGACAACCUAUAAAAAAUAACUACGAUACCCAAUCGUAAAUAUGGCAGUUACUAGAUCUCUUUCAGAAAUCGAAAAAGACAUUGCAAAUAUAGAUCAUGCUCUCUCAACAGUAUCAGAGAUCCGUUCAUCCUUGAAGCACUUUAAAACAUUAGUACAAGAUGAACAAAAAGGACCUUCCUUUGUUCAGUCUUUUGGUGACAAGCUCAAACAUAUCCGACGAGAUCUAGGUAUAUUGUCAGCAGAUAGCGAGAUUUUGAAAGCCGCUUUGGAGCAUGCACAAAUAGCAGCCAAGGAGAACAAGUUUGAUUGGGAUUUGAUCAAAAGUGAAGCUGAAAGAGAAGCCGAGGAGGAAGAGAUGCGAUAUCAGGAAGAGAAAGCAGAUACAGGAAAAGCAAAAGAAGUAGGAUCCACAGUUAAAUCAAAUGCAGAUCAUUUAUACAAAGAACUAGCGUCAAUCGUAUUAGAGCGAAAAGCAACCACAGCAGAGAUGGAAGAUAAAUUCUUUACGAAACGCAUCAAUGAGUGGAUGAACACGAAUAAAAUCAAUUAUAUGGAUUUUGCAAUCGGAUUUUUGAAAGAGGAGCAAGCCACGCUAUCUGGUUCGAUAUGUCGUGUUAAGAAGUCCAAAGGAAGAGAAAAACUUCCUGCAAGAGUCACAGCACCUCGUUUUUCAGAGAUUGAAUUUACUGGCGACUAAUGCGCUUGAAGACAUGCUGAUGUUUUAUGCAAAGGAAUCUUUAUUUAAUGUCUUGAAUUGGUUUUACAGCUAUAGCGAUUUGUUCAGUCGUCCUUGUCAACGAUGUCAUAAACUGCUUCAGUUCGACUCACCACAGUACAAGUAUUUGCCACCCUUGGUGAGGACAUGGACAAAGAGACAAUCAGCUUAUCAGCACCAUCCGAAUGUCAACAGCUCACCGCAAA